CUAGGGGCCGGGCCUGCCUGCUUACCAGGCCGGGAGGGGGAGGGCACACGGGAGGAAGAAGGAAGCCGCCAUCUUGGAGCGUCGAAUCGCCAUAACAAGGCACCAAGCGGGCGAGUGCGAGGACUUUUAUACCCGGGGGAGCGCAGCCGGCGGCGGCGACUGAAGUGAGUGAAUUCAGAUAUAAUUCAACUUUGUUAGAGGGCUUUUUUAAAAAAAAAAAAAAAAGUUGUUCCACGGUGCAUCAGAGCAAGUUACUACUUUACUGUUGAGUGACUUACAGGUGCUUGCCUGCAUUGCAAUAAAGGACUCAUAUAUUGAGCAAGACUUAUUUAUCUCUUCAUUUUGGAGAGUCUAAUAAACUGUUAUUACAGUUUCUGUACUGACUUUCAAAGUUUUGAAGUCUAAAAAGACAUCUUUACAAAUAAAAACAUGAGCACGGCCAGAACAGAGAACCCUGUUAUAAUGGGUCUAUCCAGUCAGAAUGGGCAGCUGAGAGGCCCUGUAAAACCAAGUGGGGGCCCAGGAGGUGGGGGAACACAGACUCAGCAACAGAUGAAUCAGCUGAAAAACACCAACACAAUCAAUAAUGGCACUCAACAGCAAGCACAGAGUAUGACCACCGCUAUUAAACCUGGUGAUGACUGGAAGAAGACUUUAAAACUCCCUCCAAAAGAUCUGAGAAUCAAAACUUCGGAUGUGACCUCCACAAAAGGAAAUGAGUUUGAAGAUUACUGUCUGAAACGGGAGUUGCUGAUGGGAAUUUUUGAAAUGGGCUGGGAAAAACCAUCUCCUAUUCAGGAGGAGAGUAUUCCCAUUGCUUUAUCUGGUAGGGAUAUUUUGGCUAGAGCUAAAAAUGGAACAGGCAAGAGCGGAGCCUACCUCAUUCCCUUACUUGAACGGCUAGACUUAAAGAAGGACAAUAUACAAGCAAUGGUGAUUGUUCCCACUCGAGAACUAGCAUUGCAGGUCAGUCAGAUCUGUAUCCAGGUUAGCAAACACAUGGGAGGUGCCAAAGUGAUGGCAACAACAGGAGGAACCAAUCUGCGUGAUGACAUAAUGAGGCUCGAUGAUACAGUGCAUGUGGUGAUAGCUACCCCUGGAAGAAUUUUGGAUCUCAUCAAGAAAGGAGUAGCAAAAGUUGAACAUGUCCAGAUGAUAGUAUUGGAUGAGGCAGAUAAAUUGCUGUCUCAGGAUUUUGUUCAAAUAAUGGAGGACAUUAUUCUUACGCUACCUAAGAACAGGCAGAUUUUGCUCUACUCAGCCACUUUCCCUCUUAGUGUACAGAAGUUCAUGAAUUCCCAUUUGCAGAAACCCUAUGAGAUUAACCUGAUGGAGGAAUUGACCUUGAAGGGAGUUACCCAGUACUAUGCCUAUGUAACUGAACGGCAGAAAGUACACUGCCUCAAUACGCUAUUCUCCAGGCUCCAGAUUAACCAGUCAAUCAUUUUCUGCAACUCCUCACAACGGGUUGAACUGCUAGCCAAGAAGAUCUCCCAGCUGGGCUAUUCCUGCUUCUAUAUCCAUGCUAAAAUGAGGCAGGAACACCGUAAUCGUGUGUUCCACGAUUUCCGAAAUGGCUUAUGCCGGAAUCUUGUUUGCACUGAUCUGUUUACCCGAGGUAUUGAUAUCCAAGCUGUGAAUGUGGUGAUAAACUUUGAUUUUCCAAAGCUGGCAGAGACGUAUCUCCAUCGUAUUGGCAGAUCAGGUCGCUUUGGUCACCUGGGCCUGGCCAUCAACUUGAUCACAUAUGAUGAUCGAUUCAACCUGAAAAGUAUUGAGGAGCAGUUGGGAACUGAAAUUAAACCCAUCCCAAGCAACAUUGACAAGAGCCUGUAUGUGGCAGAAUACCACACUGAACCUGUAGAUGAUGAGAAACCUUAACCAUGCUUUGAUUACAAACACCAGAAGCUGAAGCCCCUUGAUCCAGAUCUGUGACACAUCGUUUCUUUGGGGAUAUCCUUCUCUUUUUGGGUUUUUCGUCUUCUUUUCAUUUUGGAACUGUGAAGACUAAAGAGCUCAGACGUAUUUUCUUUUUUUUUUUUUUUUUUAAAUUUGGCAACAAGGAAGAAAGAAGAUAAAAGAAGGAAUACUUUUUUGUUUUUUCACUUGUUUGCACUGUGUGCUGAUUGAACAUUAGUUGCACUAAACUGCUGGUUUUAAAUUUUUUUCUUUUUGGGGGGGCGCAGGGGCAGCGGCAGCAAGGGAGGAAGAGAAACCCUGAAAAGAGAAGAAACUUGAUGAACAGAAGUUUGUCUGCAAUUUCAAAUUCUCCAACAGCUGAUUGAAUGCAUUUCAACUUCUCCCUGGUUACUCAUCUGUUUUUAAGCUAAACAGCUUGUUACUUAUUCGUGCAAAGUGCCUUAUGCUAUGAGACCAUUCAGAAUAUCACCUUUCAGAUACAGCCCAUGGAAUCAACAGCUUUUUUUCUUUCCAGGUCAAAAGUUCCCAACCCGUCUCUUGCCCUCCCCCCACAAUAUUCAAGCCCAGGGCUGCGAGAUGAAACUAUCAGUAAUGUAACACUUUUUUUUGUUUAACUUUUUAUUAAAUUGGAGGAGUUGAUAUGCAACUGCAGUUCACCCACACUGUAAAUACAUGUAUUUAAAACAAAAACAGCUAAAAAUCUGGGCUGAUUAGGUGCAACAUCAUAGCUCUAGAAGGAAAGAGCAGCCUAUCAUCUUUUGCAGGAGCCAUAUGAAAAGCUCAUAUGCUCUAGCAGAACACUAAAGACUGGUUUCCAUAAGUCUCCAUUAGUAGUUAUAGCACUUGAUAUGUAGACUUAUUUCAGAACCAUGGCCCUCUUUCCUCUGGCACAGUGUCCCAUUGAAAAUUGGAUGUGUAUACUUGUAUAAACUUGUAAAUAUGUUUUUUCUGUUUUGGGUUCAUAUAUAACUUUUUUUUUAUGAAAGUUGCUGGGGCUAAAGGGAUUGGACUGAUUAUGGGAGCAGCUAAAGGUGAGAGGGGCUCAGUUUUCUGCAACACUAAACAUCUGAAACGUGCUCUGACCUCUAUGAAGAGCAGGCCUAGACAAGUGUCCCUUGUGAGGGUGGGUUUGCUCUGGUGCUUGCAAUAUUGUCUUGUGCUGCUCUUUUUGGAAAAGAUUACAUGUUGGGUUGGAAAAACCUCAAACUCCAUAGCUUAACUUGUUUGAGGUACUUUUUGAUUUCCCUCUUAAAAUUCCAGGAACUUUACAAGCUCUAAUGAGGGCAAAGACCUGUGUUUCACCUUGGCAUGAGGGAAAUCCAGUAGCUAUUAGUGUAGCUGAGCAGAACAUGGGUGUGAAUUUGGGUUUAAAAGAAACAAUACAAAACCAACUUGUAUGCAUAAACUGACAGUUCUGGAGCUCUCUUGGGUGUUUCACCUCCUGCAGCAUUGUGCAUACUCUGCCCAGAACAACCGUUAUAUAGAUUUGAGCUGGAAAAAGCAAAACCAUUAACCUGUUAACUUUGAAUCCACAGAAAGCUGCUUGCCAUCUUCAGUUUUUUGGCAUGAACUGCUGUCUGUUCUGCGCUGUAUAUUACUGGAGAAUGCUUUAUGGUCAAGUAGUGUUGCUUUAAAUUGUGCCCCUCCCAACAUGCUUGAUGUUUGGCCUGAUCUACAGGCAAAAGGAGUGAGACAAAUCAAAAUCAGUAAACUUUUUUUUUUAAACAUUUCCUUUUAGCCUGUUCAACUACAGUUUGUCAGGAGGCACCUGAAUGAAAGCAAUUCCCUUUUGGUCAGUUGUACUUUGCAUAUACCGAUGCUGUACUCACACCAUGCUUGUUUACCUGAAUAUGGUUAUGGGAAUUAAUAAUUUCUCCCCAUUUUGACUAUAAAAAGUAAAAUUGUUCUUUGUUGGGUUUUUUUGGGGAGGGAGAUUUAUCCAUCCAACUCCUUGAGGAUCAGAAAUAGAGCCAGGUGCCUCCUGGUGACAGCUUUCAAGGUGAAAAGUGUGGGGGUUUUUUGUUGUUGUUUUGUUGGUUUUUUUGUUUUCCCUUAAUCUACAGUGACUCUGUAAUAACUGUAGCAAAAGCUGCACUAAAGUACAAACUCAAGAGCUUGGUCACAGGCACUCUGUGAGCCACAUAUUAAGUUGGCAGGUACCAAAUGUAAACAAGUAGUUUUGGGGUGCUUUUUGGCAGAGAGGGAGUUUGUGGGUGUAAAUUUCGACCAAAAGUAAAAUCUUGCUCUUGUACUGCAGCCAGUUCAUGAUUUUUUUUCUUUGUGACAGAAGAGGGAUCAUUUUAGUGCAACAAAGAUAAAAAGAAAAGUGUAAAUAAAAAUUAUCUUAUGACAGAGCAUGCACGUGCAACAAGAAAAAGAUAGCUGUGCUGAGAGUCAAAAGUGCAUGCUCUGCCUGGAUUUGUGGUAGGUUAGCCUGGUGCCAUAUUCUGAUGGUCCCUCUUGAAGCACAGAAAUUUUAAAUUGAAAAAGUAUUAGUCUGCCUCUGAGAAUUGGCACUUACCUAGACUAUCAGGGGCACCAUUUUUAGGUGGCUUUCUCUAGAGGAAGGAAGCGGUCUGAUUCUGGUGCUAAUAGGCUAUCUCUAAAAUGUAUAUGAACUUGCAAAAGGAAAGAUGCUCCAAAUGACUAGGCAAAUCCUAGUCUUUAUUUCUCCCUCAUGAAGAAGUGUGUAAAACUUGAUUGUCAGAUUUCUUCUGGCUUCUUAUUUUUACAGACUACUUGCCAACAUUUCCAUGUAUUCAUUAUUUCAGAGCAAAUACCUGCUUUUAAUAAUCCCCAGGUCAAACAUUUGUUCUGUGAUCAGGUUCUUAAUGGGAUAUUGAGAAUUUUACAUGCUUUUCCAUAUUUUUUUUCCCCCAAGAAGGCAAAAAACUACAUUGUUAACCUAUAAAUCUGAUAUUAGAUCCUGUAUCUUAAAUCCCACAAGUGGAAGGAGGUGGUAGUGAAAUGGGGGCACAAGUCUGUAGCCAGUUGAAUUGUGACUAAAAAUCUAGACUGGCUUUUCAGAGUGUAUUGUACAAAUGCACUGCUGUAGCUGGAGGGUUUCGCCAAGGGGAGGGGGGUGGGUUGGUCUUAAAUAUUUUCAUUUCCAGAAUGAGAUGGGAGCAUCUUUCCUUUGCCUUCUGCUUUGUGUCUUUAUAUGGAGCUGGGUGAGAACAUGAAAGCAUGACAUAAAGACCUAGCAUAUAUGUUGGCAUCAAAUCAUCUCAUUCUGACUAACUUUGUUCUUUCUUUUUAGUGGUGGGGAGGGUGUCUGCACCAAGGAUUUAGAAAUGUUUCAGAUGGUUAUGUUCCAUCAGUGACUGACAUAAUGCUGCCAUGAAGAGACCAUCAUUCAGCCUUUGUGUUUAAAGCACUGUUCUAGUUAGUUUUUUACGAACGUGAACUUCUCUCUCUCAAUGCUAGGAGUCUGAUUCUAUUGGUGUACUAUCCAUUGCGAGCAAUGGACUUGAUGAUGCUGCCGGUGCCAAGGAGCUUAUUGGUUCAUGGGAACAGAGUGAACUCUGGUCUCGGACUAGAAUAGUGUUGCUGCCAUGGCAAAAGUUUUGGUAAAAUUAGUCCAAGCCAAGAAUAUUUGGAUGCCAUGACCCUUUUAGUCCAAUUUUAAACCAAGACUUCUCUUUACAACAAAUACAUGGUCUCUGGAGUGAAAAGUAUGUCAGACCAGUGAAAAAUUGCUACAUGAGAAGGGUAGUAUGCCUUACAGCUUUGCUCCCUUCACUGUUCUGCAGCUUAAAGUGUUGUGCUAUUUGAAGCAUUGUUAAAUUCUUGUGUAGACAGAAGUGGGGAUGGGAGGGGGGAGGGAUAGGGUAUACUAAGAUACAGGCUUGCUGUAUUUUAACCAUUAAUUGUGGGGAAGGGGUAUCUGGAGAAAAAUAGUCACUGUUCCCUUUAUUGAAACAAACUGGAACUUAUUUAAAAGAAAAGUUUUUUUGUUUGCAAUUUAGAUGAGUUUAUAAUCCAUUGGUCCCCUGUUAAAAGGGCUGUGUUCCACUGAUAAAUGAACAGGGUGGACUAGAACUUGGAACAUUCAAGGGAGGGAGGGGAAAAAUUGGCUUUUUGUUUAAUUGGCAAACUGUCCAGUGGAGCUGAGUUUUCCUUGAGAAUGUGUAUAUCUGUAUGUACAUGCGUGUGAUGGAAGGCUGUGACUAUGUGAAAAUCUUCACUGAGUUCAGAGUAUAGAAAAGAUGAAUGGUAAAAUCCUGAUUUUGUUGAUUAAGCUCAAUAAAUGCUCACUGGAACUCCA